CUUGAACUCACUCGCGACUUCUCGUGGUACCCGCAUGCCCGACCGAUAACACCAUUCUCGUCCAACAUCACAUACCAUGGCUUCAGCAGUAGCGCCGUCGCCCGCGCCAAAAGAGGAGCCCGCUGAAACCUCCGCGACCGAAGUUAUCAGCCCCGCUGAUGCUCUAUACGACAGAUGCGCGCAACGGCCUGCGGGCCAGAUCUUCUUCCAGCGCGACCUCUCCAACAUGCAGGUCGCAGAUACCGUGGCUCAGCUGAUAGUGCUCUUGCAAGAGCUAUGUGACCGCCAUUUGUUGAAGCUCAUGAGCCUCGAGGGCGAAAUGUGCUGGAAACUAAGGACAAGGGAAGAAGCCGACAAACUGCGACGCCUUACACCCGACGAACGACUUCUCUACUCCCACAUCGACUCAGUACAAGCCGACGGCAUCUGGUCCAAAUCUCUCAGAGCCAAAACAAACGUUACACAACAGACCCUCACAAAAUGUCUCAAGAGCUUGGAGUCGAAGGAUUUGGUGCAGUCGGUCAUGAGCGUCAAGUUUCCAAACCGGAAGAUGUACCUCUUGAAGCACUUGAAACCAUCAGAAGACAUCGCAGGUGGACCAUGGCAGUCAGAGGGGGACUUCGACAUGGCGCUGAUCGAGACUAUAUCAGGCAUCGUUGCACAGCAUGUAGAGAACGAAACCUGCAUCAAGGUGCCUGGCAAUUGGAAUGACUACGACACAAUGGGCGACAGGACAGCUGCUAUCGCUCAGAAAAAGGCCGAAGUCCUGGGCGCCGUGCGAGACAUCGAGGAAGCGCCAGCCGUGAAGCCUUACAACCCCGCCAAAGACCCAAACACAUCCAAACUCGUUCACCGACACAACCCGCAAUACCCGACAGCGGCCUCUGUAGCCAACUGGCUCAACUCGAAGGAGGUUCUGCGUGGCAAGACUGUGAGGGAGGACGACAUGGAGCAGCUCUUGGAGAUGAUGGUUCUUGACGACCGGCUCGAGAAGAUAUCCGGUACAAACUAUCGCACCGUCUUACGCGCCACCGACACCAAGGUCUACAACGGCUUUGUGGAUGCGCCUUGCGGUAAUUGCCCUGUUUUCGAUCUAUGCGGGAACGAGGGUGAGAUCUCAGCAAGGACAUGCGUCUACUUCGGUCAAUGGCUGGAGACCUCAUCCGAGGAAAUUUAGACGCUUCGAAACACAUCAGGCUAUCAGAUCUUCAGGUGAGAGUGUUCAGGCGUUCGAAGAAAAACAUGAGGAGUUUCAAUCCAUUAGCAUAGCGCGGAGUUUGGUGUGUCAGCAUUUACAAGGAAGAUCGAAAAGGUAUACCCAUUAUAUUCAAACAAAUUCUCAUCAUCAAUCUCCUUUGAAAUUUCAAUUAGAGGGUGAUACGGCUCCGAUACCCUCGCCCUGCGUC